GUUGAAGUUCCCGUCUCAACGUUCAAGUUCAACUCCUUGCCCGCUCUUUUCGAGGCUAUCUUUCCUGAGAUACCCCAGAAAUGCCUAAUAUUGUAAAUAAGGCGUUCAUGAAAUACAUCUACCCAGCCGUCCUCAUUAUAGACAAAAACCCUAUCACCACUUUUACUUUUCUCGUAUUCAACGCGUCUCUGAGCUCUCAAUGGCUCCCUUUUGGACUUGUUGCCUAUAUCAUCGCUGUCUAUGCUGUCCACCAUUUCUCACAAUGGUUGAAAGAGGACACCGCAAAGAAGGCAAAGCUCGAAGAAAUUCAAUCGAUUUCCCUCAGACUCGGCUUAUACAUAAUCCACGAACGCUUCCACUUUGCAGUGUACAUGGAGGACACGGAGGCACUCCAGUUCUGCUCGUCGGUCAUCACACAGCGUUUUGACGUUACGGAUCAAAAAGCGAAAGCGCUGGACUUUGCGGCACAGCAGGCCUUGGCUACCUCGGACGAGCUUGCCCAAAUCUCGUUCGACUUGAGAAUGCUGGAUGCACACAUACAGGGUGUCAUACGGAGCUAUUCGAGGCUUAAGACAAAGCUACAAUCCUACGCGCCGGAGCGACAACUGGAAGCUGCCGAGUGUUGGGUGGCAGAUACCAACGAAGACUUUCCUCCAGUUGCUGCGGGCCCUGCUAAUGAAGAUUCUUUCAGACCAAGUUGGGCGUGGUGGAAGAGAGAGUAAUUAGAGCACCCAAAUAGAACAUCAGCGAAUGAUGCUAGUAAUAAAGAGCAU